AUGUAUGGUGGUACUUCGCUAGCAGGAAUGCCUUCUCCAUAUCUAGGACACAAUCGUGAUCAUAGUCGUGGACGUGGCGAGACUAGUCCAGACGGCGCUAGCGGUGACGGGUCUGCCGGAAGCCCAUAUCGUAACUCGUGGACUCCGGGUUCGGUGAAUCAGGUUGAUUCUUCGUACAAACAGUACUUACCAGUGCCAAUUCCUCCUAUCACCACUAACAAUUUGGAUUCUAAUGCCGGUGGACAUUCUGGAUCCAGUCUUAGUCCAAAUGGAUAUGCUGGUUUGGCUUUAAGUACCUCUCUUGGAAGUGGUGGAUCUGGUGUGGGCAUUGGUUCGGGUUCUACCUAUAGUCCUGGUGCGAGUCCUGGAACUAGCCCCAAUACUGGAAAUGGCCCUUUUCCUCCGAUGCCAAAUCCAUAUUCUCAUAAUAGGGGUCGUAGUACUGGUACGUUGCCGUCCAUUUAUAUGCCUCCACCACCUCCUCCAAGCACAUCUGCAAUUUCUCCAUCAGCUCCUCUUUAUAGAAAGCACUCGAGAAAGAAGAGCUCACAGGUUCUUGUGCCUCCUAUUCAAGUCAGUCGUCGUCGGUCAGUGCGUCAUUCGUCAACUUCAAAUGCCACCGUUGGCGAUGUCGUGCCUCCUGACUCGACUCAUUCGGUAAACGGAGAUCCGUCAAAAGACUCAAACCGGCUUUCUUUUCAUGAUUCGAGUGAAUCUGCAAGAUCCGAUAAAGACUCAUCUGACGAGGACAGUUUUGUUAAGACCGGUUCAGACGGAGAUAGCGACACGCCUUCUGUUAAGAGCAAACUCGUAAAUGAAAAGGACUCGAAAAGUAGCAUGAAUAAAAACUUGCAUCACGGACCAGACACUCAAAGUGAAACGACUGGAAAUGACAAGAAGUCUGGAAACAAAAACGAAAACAACAACAUAAAUGAGAAAGAUGAGGAUGAAGACGCAGAAUACGAUGAAUUAGAUGAUGACGAAGAAGAAGAUUCCGGGAUAACUACUCAAACAUUAGCUUCUGGUGCGACGUUUCUCAUUGGUGCACAAUUCUUUUCUAAACUGGUUACUUUUACGUUGAACCAAGCACUAUUAAGAUUUGUCAGUCCCGAUUUACUAGGAGUCAAUGCACAAUUCGAACUGUUUACAAACACUAUUCUAUUCUUUUCUCGUGAAGCCAUUCGUUUGGCUACUCAAAGACAGACACUUGCCACCAAAUCGCAAGAUGUCUAUAGAUUUGAAGGUGGUGUUGUUCAUGGAACCCAGUCUGGAACUAUUCAAGAGGUCAUUAACAUUGGAUUUGUUCCCCUGUUCAUAGGCGUUCCUCUGGCAGCUAUCAUCUCAUUUAUUUAUUAUUAUACAUGGGCAACUACUCUUGGACAGGAUUAUAUAGGCACAUCCAUUCUCAUUCUUGCGGCAGCCGCUGUAACUGAGCUGUGCUCUGAACCCAGCUUUGUGCUUGCACAACUGUUGAUGGACUUCAAGACAAGAGCAUCUAUUGAAUCAGCAGCUAUUACCACCAGGUGUUUGGUGACUUUUAUAUUUGUGCUUCUCUCGAAAAAGACAUGGGGUCCGACCAUUAUUCUAUUUGCACUCGGGCAACUAGCCUAUAGUACUGUGACUUGUGGACUAUAUUUCGUCAGUGGACUGAAGACAAGUAGACAUCAGCAGUAUCGACUCUUGUAUCUACAGGCCAUCUGGACUGAAACAAACCAAAAAAUAUAUUUCAACGAGGAUACAAAACAACUAGCAGUGGGAAUGUGGGUUCAGACCGUGUUUAAGCACGUUCUAACCGAGGGUGACAAGUUGCUUGUCUCACUUGUUCUGCCAAUCACGGAUCAAGGAGUAUAUGCAUUGGUUGCCAAUUACGGUUCACUCAUAGCACGACUAGGUUUCUUACCUAUUGAAGAGGCAUUGCGAAACUUUUUCUCCAAACUUCUGGCUGUAGACGAUGGGUUGAACAACCAAUUAACACAAGAAAACGCAUCAUCCACGACUUCACCAUCAUUUACUCGACCACCAUCACCACAACCUAAAAACAACCCCGACUCGGAAGAGACAACUGCAACUCACACCUCGACUGUCAAAGCAGCCGACUUGACUCUGUCUGUCACGGUGCUGUCGACAGUACUAAGAGCUUAUGCCUACCUGGAUAUCAUCAUUUGCAUCUUUGGCCCGCUGGCUGCUCGUUAUGUGUUAAGCAUUCUCGUGUCGAGAGCUUGGCUAGCAACCGAUGCGCCUAGAGUGUUGGCCAGUUACGCUUGUUAUAUCCCCUUUUUGGCCAUCAACGGUUGUCUCGAAGCAUUUGUCCAGUCGGUGGCCACUGUCCAUGAUCUCAAAGAACAGGGUCGUGUGAUGAUUGCCUUUUCAGUUUCAUUUGCUGUUGCCGGGUACAUUUUCAUGGUGCUGUUAAAACUGGGUGCUCAAGGACUCAUCUUUGCCAACAUGAUCAAUAUGUCGCUCCGCAUUCUCUGGUGUGUUCGAUUCACCUCGUCAUAUUAUGCCGACUCGCAAACGGACAAGUGGGCGUGGUUGCGACUGGCCAUCCCGCAUAAACUCGUCCUCUCAGCAGCAACCGUCAUCGCAGCAGCGGCCUGGCGCCUCGGCCCCGCCGAGUCCUUCCGCGACAUGAUCCCACUCGCCACACUCGGAGGUGCUCUCGUCGCCAUCAUCCUCUUUCAAGAACGUAACCACAUCCUUAACGCGCUCCACAGGGUCAAGAGGCACCAUGACUAG